UAAGCUAGUGCCCAAAAAAGGGCAGUGGGGGGAACGUCUGGAUUGUACAGCAAGGACCGGAGACUCCGACCUUGGCCAGAGAACCUUGGAUGCCCACCGCUCGCCUCAGGAGCAGCGCUGCUCCGUUCUAGAUCUCCCCUCCAGAACAAACGCCAAACACAACUCUGGCCCCCAAGGCUGUGUACUCCGCGCGGGGAGAGCCUUUGGCACCCAGUUCCCGGGGGCUAUCUACAGAUGCGGCUUUGAAAGCUCCCACGCACGCCCUGCGCCCUCGCCGGGACAGAACCCCCAGCGAGGUGGACUCGCUUUGGUCUUCACUUCUGCCCUCCGCUCUCCCCGAACAUGACCUAGAGGCACCUGCGCUUGGAGGCAGUCGCCGCAGCCACGACAGUCACCAUGAAUAAGGAGGCUGGCGGAGAGGAGCUCGCAGAACUCUUCGGUCUGAUCCCGUCCCUUCUACAGGCGGCCAACACCAGCGGCAACGCGUCGUCGCUGCAGCUCCAGGACUUGUGGUGGGAGCUGGGGCUGGAGUUUACUGACGGCGCGGCGCCGGGGCAUCCCCCGGGCACCCGCGGGGCAGCAAGUGCGGACACCGAGUCCCGGGUGCGGAUCCUCAUCAGCGCGGUGUACUGGGUGGUUUGCGCGUUGGGGCUGACUGGCAACCUGCUGGUGCUCUACCUGAUGAAGAGUAAGCAGGGAUGGCGCAAGUCCUCCAUCAACCUCUUUGUCACCAACCUGGCGCUGACAGACUUUCAAUUCGUACUCACCCUGCCCUUCUGGGCGGUGGAAAACGCUCUCGACUUCAAAUGGCCCUUCGGCAAGGCCAUGUGUAAGAUCGUAUCCAUAGUGACGUCCAUGAACAUGUACGCCAGCGUCUUCUUCCUCACCUCCAUGAGCGUGGCGCGCUACCACUCGGUGGCGUCCGCUCUUAAGAGCCACCGGACCCGAGGGCAUGGCCGGGGCGAAUGCUGCGGCCAAAGCCUGGGGGACAGCGGCUGCUUCUCUGCCAAAGCACUGUGCGUAUUGAUCUGGGCCUCCGCCGCGCUGGCCUCGUUGCCCAACGCGGUCUUCUCCACCACCAUCAAGGUGAUGGGCGAGGAGCUGUGCCUGGUGCGCUUCCCAGACAAGUUGCUGGGCGGAGACAGACAGUUCUGGCUGGGCCUCUACCACUUGCAGAAGGUGCUCCUAGGCUUCGUGCUUCCGUUGUGCAUCACCAGCCUGUGCUAUCUUCUGCUGGUGCGCUUCAUCUCCGACCGCCGUGUGGCUGGGACCGAAGGAGGAGCCUCAGCGGCCUGGGGCGGCCUGGCCGCAGCCAGCGCCCGGAGACGGUCGAAGGUCACCAAAUCUGUGACCAUCGUGGUCCUAUCCUUCUUCCUGUGUUGGUUGCCCAACCAGGCUCUCACCACCUGGAGCAUCCUCAUCAAGUUCAACGCCGUUCCUUUCAGCCAAGAGUAUUUCCUAUGCCAGGUAUACGCGUUCCCGGUGAGCGUGUGCCUGGCUCACUCCAACAGCUGUCUCAACCCCAUCCUCUACUGCCUGGUGCGCCGCGAGUUCCGCAAAGCGCUCAAGAGUCUACUGUGGCGCAUCGCGUCCCCUUCUCUGACCAGCAUGCGCCCUUUCACGGCCACCACCAAGCCAGAGCCCGAGGAGCAGGGGCUGCAGGCCCUGGCACCUCUCCACCGGACCGCGGAGCCUGACCUGGUCUCCUACCCGCCUGGCGUGGUGGUCUACAGCGGGGGGCGCUACGACCUGCUGCCCAGCAGUUCCGCCUACUGACUGGGGGCCGGGGACGCAGUCACUGCAAACUGGCCUU